GAUGACAUCAUAUCCUAAUUGAGAGCAUCGAUUCUUCGCCAAAGUCAUUGGUUGGAACUUUAAAAUACAGCCAAGUUAUUGGUUAAAGUGACCGUCAAUCAAAUGCAGACUGCCAAUGCACUUAAUUCCUGACCGACUAACACACAUCCAUGAGUCAGUAAGUGCAUUAGUGUAGAAAACGGGGGAAAAGUUAGAGGAAAAUAUACUUCUUUGCACUUUGUGAAAUUGAGUCCACCUAGAUAUUUUCCAAUGUUUGAGAGGACCAAUGUGUCUGUGAUUUAUGACUUGUGCGCUAAGGACAGCGGCUCCAAUCUCCCCACCUCUUUUCAACUAGCGACAAGGUACGGCAAAAAUGUUUUGUGAAGAGCAGUGGAUUCUCCCUAUGGAAGCUAUCUUUCUUAAAUAAAAGCAUUAUGGUGGAGGGUUAAAUACUUCUGAAGAUACUGACACAAUUAUGCAAACAGUCAAGCAAGAAAUUGACUCCAGUGAGCCUUGUAGUGGAGCUGAUUCCCUGCUACUGGCUGUGGCCUUACAAGGGGCUAACCGGGACCUGAUGGGUAACAUCGGUGCUAUGUCAUUCAUUGCAAAAACUUCCUGUCGCAGGAAAAGGGAAUUUAUCCCAGAGGAGAAGAAAGACACUGUUUAUUGGGAGAGACGGCGCAAGAAUAAUGAGGCGGCUAAACGCUCAAGGGAGAAGCGGCGUAUAAAUGACAUUGUGCUUGAGAAAAAGCUGAUGGCCUUGGGAGAGGAAAAUGUUUCCCUCAAAGCUGAACUGUUGUCCCUUAAACUAAAGUUUGGCCUUUUGAGCUCAGCAGCAUACACCCAGGAAUUUGAGAAGUUAUCGUCCCAUAAGAGUACGCAUCUAUAUCAGCAAUUAGUCACAGCCCAUGCCGAACAAGGUUCCUCCAGCAAGGAAUCAUACCCUCAUCACAUGCGCAGUAGCUACAUUUCAGUCAUCAAACAUUCAACUAUAUCCAAGGCAUGUUCUCCAACACAGGCUAGUUUAAGUAAGUGCAGGACCGCCAAGGUCAAACAGGAAUUAGUGGAGAAUGGCAGAUCUCCACAUCAGAGAAGUAGUCCCCAUGACCUCGUAAGGAACUACAUGGCCAGCCCCUUUUCAAGAGUCUACACCCAAUCUGCUUCAUUCUUGCAGAUCACCAGGUCGUCCAGUAACUCUCCCAGAAGUUCAGAUGACAGCGCUCUGAGUAAAUCCUCUGAUGGUGAAGAUGAGCAGCAGGUCCCGAAAGGGCUGAUUCCAUAUGUUACUGACCCUAGAAGUGUUAUUGUACCCACACACAAAGUGCCUGAGGCAAGUUCGUCUGCCCUGCCUCAUAAACUGCGACUCAAAGCCAAGACCACCCAGAUCAAAAUAGAAGCCAUCGACCCAGAGUGUGAACUGUCAGGAAAGCUCUCCUCUCCUGCCAGUGGAUGCUUCCUGGCAUCUUUCGACACUUCAGACUACUCUCAGUCCCUGCUGUUCCCUUUGUCAGAACAGGUCACUACCAUGCAGGACUGGACCCAGUGUUCUGAGCAGUGGCAUAGAAGCAGCAACAAAACACUUCAGGAUAGCUGCAUGAAAUACAGGCAAAGCCAUAGAUUCAUGGACAAACCAACUGUACAUAUAAAACGGCCAUCCUAUGCACACUCAGAUUGAGAGUACUGUCAAGGUGACAUUUCUGAAAAAAAACAAAUCCCACCACAGCAAGUGGCUGGAAUGGAGUCAAGUGAAACAUCCACUUAUCACAAUGAGUCCUGAUUAAUAGAUUGCCUGCCUUGGCCUCCCUCUUAUUUUGCAUCUACACUUAUUUGCUAUUGCACUGUGAUUAUUAUAAGGCUUUGAGCAACCUUUUGGUUGCUGUACAUUUUCAAAUAAAAGAUUGUGUAUGAAAUUCUAGUAAAAAGUGGCAUUGUCGUU